UAAAUAGAUAUGCCAGAUAUCACUUUCCUCUUUAUGGUUAAAGUCCACAUGGACAUUUUUAGGCUUUGGUGUUUAAGGUUAAAAUAUGGUCCUCAUUCAAUCACUUGUUCGCUUGAUCAGACGGAUGAAAUUAAUUUAAUGAGCAAUGUCCCGAGUUGUAAAUAAUAAGCUUUGUCACAAACAUUAAUGGCUAUGCUAAUGGUUAUGUUUACAACUGGAAGAUGAAUGUGUGAAUUAGUGUUGCACCAGAAAUGAAGCAAACAACAAAUUAGUGUGUACACCCAGGUCUUGUGUUCCCUGUGUGUAUUACAGAGUCACUUGAAUCAAGAGUGAAUGCCAAUUAAUGAGGUUAAUUAUUGGCAUUCACUCCUGGUCACUCCCUUUUGACCAGUGGAAAAGGGGUAAAACAGUAUAGUGCAUAAUGAGUACAAUCAAAAACCUGGGGUCGCGUGUACUGUGUGCAGAUGAGCUCAGGAGAUUAGGAGGAGGGCAACAGUGGAUGAGGAGGUGGAACAAGAAAGGUGUGGGGGCAUCUUGUGGGUCAGAUGGAGAAUGACUGUAGUGAGGAACAAAAACAUGAAGACACCUUCUAUUAACUUUAUUUCAUGUAUUCACUCUAAACAUAAUGCAACAAGUAGAGGGUGCAAAAGUGGUCUCACACCUGCAGAAUGUAACUACCGUUUGACAUCAUGAAAAUAGAAUGUAUUCAUUGUGACAGUUUUAUAGCUCUCAUCAUCUUCACAGAAUUCCCUGUAUUUGGUUUAUGUAAGUGUAUUCUUAUUUGUUGAAAUCCUCUUCACAUCCUGGAAACAAAGGAACAAUCUGAAGGACUGUAGCCCUUGCUGUGCUGGGUACAUAACCAAUCAUUUUGUCUGCAUGUUAUUCGCUGAAAUACUGGUCUCCUAUUUAUUGAUGGACCUGAAGAGGAUUUCAACCAGAACCAUAAAAGUGCUUCAGAAACAAAUGACAGACAUUAAAUUAAAAAUCACCCAUUCAUUUGUCUGCUGAUGUUAAUACUGAAGCCAAAGGAUUAGUGAUGUCUGCUUCAGUAAUGAUAGGAAGAGUGGAUAUUAAUCAUAGAUUAUAUACUGGAUUUAAUGAAUAUAGAAUUAAUUAAGUGGAGUGGAGACCAAGGACAUGGAUUUUUCACAAAUAAAAGAAGGGUCAGUAUUUGGUUUUUAGUGCUUGAUUUUGCUUUUCAUGACACUUUUAAAGGAUGUUUAUGUUGCUGCAUUGAAUUGAAUAUUAAUACUGAGGAUGUUGGUCAGAUGACACUUAUAGCAUUUGUGAUUCACUUUAACGCAUCAGUUCAAUCAUCAUAUGUUAUCUUGCAAAAAAAUACCUGCAUCAUAAAUCAAACAUUAUUGUCCUUUCUGAAUAAUAUCUGACCUCUAUUAUGAUCAGUCCCUUUGCAACAUCAUGUUCUCCAGAUACGGUGUUUGUGUAACAAGGGGAUUGUUGUCUGCCCGUCUUAUAGAGGACAUUCAACACAGCAUGUUCUCUCAUAUUACUGGUGAUUGUGAAUGUAAUCACAAUGCCAGUGAACACUGCAGCUUGCAAUAAGCCUGCAACCCCAUGCAAUAAUAAUAAUCCAUGUGCACUAAAGACGGCUGCAUAUUCAUUUCCCCACCACUUCUGCUGCAAUAGCCCUGAGAACAUUUAGUCUUUUAUGUACAGAUCUGAAGUGUUAUGCUGCCCCUUGUAUCUAAGCAUGACGUGACUAACAGCGUAGCCUGUCACAGACAACAGUUUGAGCACUGAUUUAAAAAAAAAAAAUGUGUCGCUUCAUUCUGAGCGUCUACUUGUUUUUGUAUUCUGCGGCAAAGUCACCACGGCAAAGUCACAAAUGUGGCUUUUUCUUUGGCAGCCUAAACUGGCACUCGCAUCCAACUUCAACAGACAGUGGGUGCAAGGAAGGGUCGACAACAAACAAUACCUCAAAAAAAAUGUAGUUGCCCCCAAACCCUUCAAAUAUUACGUGCAUGUCGUGUCUGUUUGAUGAUUGAUAAAUAAUGAUAAACUACAAGAAUCUCAACUAAAUAAUGAUAUAGACCUAAAUAUUGUGUGUAACCUAGAAAAACAUGUUUGUAUUCUGCAGUAGCAACAAGAAGGCAACAGUGGACAUGCACAUUACAGUAAUAUACAUGCAAGUAGUAGAAGUGCAUACAAAUGUAAGGGUCUCCAGAGACAGUAUUGGGUAUAUCGUGCAAAAACCUCAAGGCACAAUAAUCAUGAGCAUUCUAUGUUAAGAUUUUAUUAUGACUUGAAUGUAGGGCUGUAUUAUGUCCUACAUCCAAACUGAUGAAGGGACAUGACAAAUAAGGGCUGAAAUCUAUUAUACCUGCCCCCUUUUAAACAAAAAAACAUUUGUUAUUGUUUUUUCAUAUUUCUGUUUUACUCUUUGUGUUGUAUUUUGGUUUCCUUUAAAUCACUAUGACAUUUCUUGUUAUAUUUUUGAUACAUUAUCAUUACAGGGGGUCUAUGUCUCGUAUUUUAUACAAAUAUUAAAAUUGUUAAAAUUUUUGCAAGUAGAUUUCCAUGAAUUGUACCAUUCUCACAAUAAAUUACAUAGAAAACAUUGAUUAGACAGCUCUCACACAAGCAGACCAGUCCUUAGUUAGACCGCCUCACCUCAUUUCACACCUGCUACCUCCAUUUGCGUCUCUAAUUCUAGGCUCUACACGCGUUUAGUUCCACUGGCCAUUUUUGCCGACUAAUGUGUGUGUGUGUGUGUGUGCCAUGUGUGUAAUUUCCAUAGCGCUUUGAUCAACACUUAAGCUGUGUUGAAAUAAGAGUUUCAAGUUUGUGAAAAAUGUCAGGUCGUUGAAUAGCACUAGUUGUCUUUCUGCUUUGUUGAGUGACCUUGUCAUCCAAAAAACACAGACUAUGCAAGAAAAAAAAAAAAAAUAUCACAGAUACACACAAAAUACACACACACUCACAUUUUAGUGCCACAGCAGAUGUGGCCAUUGGCUGUAAUAGUUAGUUAAUCCAGAACGCUGGGUUUGCUCUGAGGAGGAUUUAGCCAUAACCAUGAUACAUAACCAUCUGUCAAGGUCCUGUUGCGAGCUCCCAAACCCACGUUGCACAGAAGUGGAAUUGUUUUGUCUCUCUGCCUCAAGAAGAAGAAGAAGAAGAGGGGACUGUUAAAAGAAUCCGGACUCAAGGUAAGUGCACCCGGAAUUAUUCAAGGACUAGAAAAGAGCUGUGCACAAGUUUUCAUGUUUUUCCACAGUUUGGAGCCAGCAUGUGACGCAUUGACAACUUUAGUGUUGUUUACUGUUAUGAAUCCACCUAAAAAUGUUAAUUCAUUAUCAAAUUCCACUUUAAAUCAAUGGAAUCCUCUUCAACAUCAGCUGUAUACUUGGUGUUUAGUAAUACAGUUCAAUAGUUCUUGACUAAUUCACCUCACAGUUGCAUGUAAAAGUUGUUUUUUGUCUGAACGUCACAUAAUUUCAGUAAGUAAACACUAUAUUAAUACAUUUAUUCAUGUUUUAAUGAGUGCAAAUGUCUUCCUUCAUAGCUCAUUCGUCCACAGAUACCUGAAUGUCACACAGGAGAGAAAACCAGUGUCAUUUAUUUAUUUACCUUACGGCUUUUGACGAAAAGCAGAAUUAUCCCUGAGCUUGUCCCUGAAGAAAAUAACUAUAUUGAUGGAUGAAUGUACCACAGUUGCAUAGUUCAUGUCAAAACAGCUUAAAUAGUGUUUUGGUUUGUUUUCAAACUCUGAAAGCUGCAUUUAUUUUAUCAGCUACUAUGUUUCCUGAUAUAUUCGGUCAGACAGUGUAAAGUAGUGAUACCUCUACAACAUUUAGAAUGAGCUGCUUUUUCCACUAUAGUCACCUGUUGGACUUUGUAUUACCCAUAGAAUGUAUGUCACAAAAAUGUGUAAGAUGUCGCUGAUCAAUAUUACUGGGAUAGUUACAAUUGUGGCUACAUUUGUACAUUUAUAUACAAAAGUGUCCAUAAUUACAGUACAUUACAGAGUGCUGAGGGCAAUUACCUGGAUAAGGAAUACAUUUACAGUGUAGAUACAUGCAUGGAUGUACUUUAUUCAACCCUGACUGGGACAUUGUGUCCAUUCAUUUUAAAUAAUGUCCCUUUAGUCAAGUCAAUUAAAAUAGCACAUUUCAUAAGAUGAGCUGGUAUUUAAAACCUAAGAGGACACAAUAGACUAAAUGAAAUAUGUCCCUAUUUGUGCAUUUCACAAAAAUGUAACAUCCCACACCUUUAGCCUGGCCCCUAAACAAACAACAUGUUCACACUUAAUUCAUAUCUGACCUUAAGCCAUGUGUGUGUCAGUGUUGGCUUUUUCCAGCAAGUCCACUCUUUGAAUUUUUUUGAAAGGUGCAGCAGAGCAGAAUGGUCCAUGCUCAUGGGCUCUCUCCGGGCAGCCGAGUCCAACCGUUGCUCCCCUGAGUCUUGUUUAACAAGAUUACUCUUGACAAAAUGAUGAGAGUGAGCAAUAAACCAUCAGCGGGAUCAUGUCCCUCUCCUUUGCUCUGCUAAAUACAAACUUUUGUCUGACAGUGUGAUGCUUGCAGGUCUCACUCUUUCACUGACACUCCAGUGUCACACACACUGCUCCAAACACUGUCAAACCCCACAUGAUGUUUUAUGAUCACACACCAGCAUCACAAUAUAAUGUUUGGUCUCAAUCUAGAUGAGAGGUCUGCAACCGCUCUCACAAGAGCCACCCCUCUUCACCCUAAUGUAAUUAAUCUGGAGCCACAAAAUCUAUUUGACCAUAAAAAGAAAACGCUGGUGGAGUAGAGCCAUGGGCAAAGUGGGAAGUAAAUUUGUGGGUGAAGCUGCAGUGGAUGGUGUGCAAGCACAGCCACCACCUGCCGUGGCUGCUCCUGCAGCAGCUGUUAAGUUCGAAGGACUCACAAAGGCCAACAGGAUGAAGGUGAAAUGGACUCAGCUGGGUUUGGUGUUCUUCCUGGUUCUGUCCCUGGUGAUGACAGGAUGCUUCUUCUGGCAAUAUCAGCUGCCAAAGGUUCUGCCAGAUGAAGGCAGCGGUCAAAGUGCCAAAUCCGAGAUGAUGUGUCCCCGCUUCCCCGAGCCUCUCCCACUGAAGCAUCCUAUUCCUAGUCUGAAAGAGGCUCUGGAAAAGGUGGAUGUUUUACUACGACAGAGCAUCAACCCUAUCAGCCUCCCUGCUCUGUCAGCGAUUGUGAUUUUAAACGACACUGUUUUAUGGACCGGAAACUUUGGAAAGAGGAACGGCAGUGACCCACUCUCACAAGCACCCAAUGAGUACACAAUCUACAGAAUUGCCAGCUUAUCCAAAAUCUUCCCCACACUGAUGCUGUACAAGCUGUGGGAAGAAGGAAAGAUCGGCUCCCUCGAUGACCCUCUGGAGAAGUACGUGGACAACUUCACCAUCAAAAACCCCCUGGGGAAGACGCGAGACUCUGAGCUGAAAUACGUGACCGAUGGCCUGAUAUUUCUGGACAGCGGGGAGGUUCAGAUCCGUUCCUCCUCAGUCACACUGCGUAGGAUGGCCAGUCAGCUCUCAGGCCUGCCCAGGAGACUCCGUGCAACAAAUCUACUUUGGAAAGGAAAAACACAAUCUGCUAUCAAUCUGCUACAAGACGAUGUCCUUGUCGCUGACCCAGGCACCAAAUGUCACUAUAGCAACCUGGCUUUCUCUCUGCUUGCUCAUGUAAUGGCUGAGUGGGUAGCUGGCGUCGACUAUCAGCGUUGGAUUAUGGACAACAUCCUGGACCGGCUGGGAAUGGAGGACACCGGCUUUGACAUCACCCCUGGAGUGCAGAGUCAAAUGGCCGUGGGAGUUUAUUCUAACGGGAAGCCAGCUCCGCUCUAUGACCUGGGCUGGUACCGGCCUUCGGGUCAGAUGUUCUCCACCGCGGCAGACUUGGCCAAGCUCGCCAUGAUGCUGCUGGGUGCUUAUCACCGCAAGCUGCUGGAGCCAGACUCACUGAAGAUCAUGUUGACACCACUCUUCAGGUGUAAUGACGACUACUUUGCUAACCGCACGGGGACGCCAUGGGAGGUGAAUGAGCUGAUGGGCUACGAAGUUUUGCGUAAAGAUGGUGAUCUGGACGGGUACUCUGCAACCUUUUCUCUGGUUCCCAGACUGAAGCUCGGACUGGUAGUGCUAAUGGCUGGCAGCAGAACUCAGAACCAGGACGUGGUCACCAAGGCGUACAACUAUAUGAUCCCAGCCAUAGAAAAAGCUUUUAGGGAAGCCACGAAGGUCCUAACUGGCCCCCCAAACCCAGACCCUUACACCGGCUUCUUCACCUACAGCAAUAUUACCUUCUAUGAGAUCAAGGUUGGGACAGAUGGAGUCCUGAUCAUGCAACAGUUUGGGCCUCAGAUUGAAGAGCUGAUCCCAGAAAAGUACAGGACAAUAAAGCUCAACUAUCUGGUCGACCGCGUGUUCAAAGUGGUGUUUGAGAAAGCAUACCCUUGUGAUUUACAGGUAGGCACGGCCUCAGUCUCCCUGGAAGCCCAAGACGGUCAAUUAUUUAACUUCUACACAUUUGAUAAGCGUGGUUUGUCCCCCGGUUUUGACGCUCCAGGCUUGAAUACAUAUAAUGUGGUCAGAAUAGCCCGCAGGCCGUCUUUCUCGAGCUGAACAUCUGCAAUGCCAUGGCCUAAAGACACAUAUGAUGCUGUUGUGGGAUGCAGAGAGACUGUGAAUACCAAGAGACCAAAUAAAUCCAUCUGUGAAGAUUGUCAGGUCAGUGUAUCCUCAGAAGUGCACAUGCUGGGUUGAGACCUGGAGUUUUCUUGAAGACAUUUUACCAAGGGGCUUAUCGAGAUACGAACACAUUCUGACUUUAAAAGUGAAGGCUUCUCUUGGAUGUGUGUUGAAAUUAAUUCAGGUAAAAUGCGUGUAAGUCCAAUUGUCGAUACCUAUACUACUGAGGAUCAAAUAAAAAGACGGAGUGAGUCUGAGUCCCAGAGAAGAUCAAAGCUCUUCAUUCAGAGAGAGCACAGCAAGGACAAUGUAAAAGUCCAUCUAACCGUGCCAUGUCGUGCAUAGACAAUGCAUACAUUUACUUUUCUGAAUGAUGUUUGUGAUUGUUUUCCUUGCACUUGCUCGUCAUUACGUCUCAUAAUUGGCCACUCACAUUAUGAUGAUAGAGUGUCUGUGUGUCUCCAGUCUCUGCUCUCCUCCAAUCUUCUCUUGAGUAAGAACAGCCAGCACAUCACAACAUGUGUUACAGGUAAUUUAUGUAAUACACUGCAUUUACAAAGAAUCAUGGACCAUGAGUGCAUUUUCACAAAAUCAUUAUCACGUACAGUACAUAUUUAUCUUGCACCUAUGACAAAGAAAAAAGAGAUUUAAUUUGGCAGAUGGAAUGAGAGUAUUUUCAUGCCAAAUGUGAAUAUGUAUCUUGAUUUCUGUUGAUUAAUUUAUUGCCUACCGCUUUAUCAUCUACAUCCAUGAGGGUCGUGGGGGCCACUGGAGACAAUCCUGGUGGACAUAGCGCGAAAGGCGUGGUACAGGUCAGGGCCAACACAAAGACACAGCCAUUUCAAACUGGAAAAUCAAGUUUCUAUCACUUUGUAAACCACCUGUUACACAUACCAGAGUGAAAAUCAAUGAUUUUACAUUGAUUAAUAUGAGAGAUGAGAAGAUGCCUGAAGCAAGCGGAAUAUAAAUAAAUCUCUGACUGUCCCUCCUGGUGUCGGGUUAUCAUCAAGUCAUCGGGUUUAUAAUCAUGGCACAUCUUGUUUGGUGUAAAAAAAAAAAUGGAAAAGACAGAGAGAACAGAGCGAGUGUAUUGUGCACUCAAAAUGAUAUUUGCUGUUUUGAUUGUGUGGUGUUCAUAUGUACUAAAAUCAUUUUAUGUGACACUGUUUUGACUGUGGGCCGAUCCAGGCCUGCCCAGGAGACAAAUGCAACAAAUGUACUUUGGAAAGGAAAAACACAAUCUGCUAUCUAUCUUCUACAAGACGACGUCCUUGUCGCAGACCCAGACACCAAGUAAGAUGUGUUCCACUGUUUAAAGGAAAUUGUAUGGCAUUGCAUGAACAUCCUCUUUGUUUUAUUCUUGUUUAGUGACUCUUGACCCAGAUCUGACAGGAUUUGAGGAAUUCAACAACUGGACUCUGAUGUUUGUAUUAUUGUCAUUAACGCCCCAAAAGCCCGACAUCAGUAUAAUUCACAAUUAAAAUAUGUCAAAACUUCCCGUGCAUCAACAACUUAAAA